AAUUUAUUCAACAUGGUGGAAAAAUUUGUUCAAAAAUGUUUUUUUGUUUUGGGAAUAAAAGUAUGAUCACAAACAAAAAUUGCAGGAGAUAACCGAAGAUAUAUACAUGGAUGUAAGUUUGUGUUGUACUGCGUUGAUUUUCAGUGUGCUGAGAGAUUAAAGGACAAGAAAACGUAUAUAUAAUUAUUCAAUGCAAUAUGAUUUACAGUAAUAAUAAAGUAAAAAAUAAACUAAACUGUUUAUUAAUUAAUUAACCAUUUAACCCCCACCCCACAGCUAGACAUUUGUUGCGGGUCAGGGUGAUGUCAAUAAACAUGGCAUCUGCAUGGUGUCGUAAUGUCUUAAAAACCUAUAGCAUUCACCCCGAAGUAAAAUCAGCCCCCUCUCUAGUUGCAUCCCCCCACAAAAAUGCAGAAAACCAGACGUAUGCUAAGUUGGCUAUGUGUGUAGAAAAUAAUUUGCGCAGUUUGGACCAAUAAAUUAAGACAACAAGCUCCCAGGGACUGGGCCGGGGGCUUUGAUUUAAAAACAUGAUUUAAGAUUUUAUUUAUUUGUUAUCAUUUAAUUAUUUUGAUAACAUAUUAAUUCUGACAAAAAUGUCAAAAUUUCUUGGUGGUGUUGGCAACCUCUUGUGCUCUGCAUGUUUGGAUGUCAGAAACGUAGUUUGUACAGUCACAUGUUUUGUAGGUCAAAUGGUAAAAGUGUGGGUUAAUUUGUUGCUCAUCAUUUGUCGCUCAUCAAGUCGUAACUAUUUUAUAAUGCACAUCUCUUAAAUAUUGCCUUUGUAUUUUGAGAUCACUCCCAUGCACAGCUAUGGCUCCCCUUGAUUAUUUUGUUCCAUAGAGGAAUUAGUUUUUCCACAAGUUUCUUACAUAACAUGGCAACAGAACUUUCAAUUGCUAGAAGGGUAUUUUAGGUUUUGGGACUUGGGUGGGAGCUCCCCCCAAAUUUCAGGGGUUUUUUUAUUUGGGGGGGAUUCCCCCUCCUAUAGUCACAAACUCCGACAUUGUUUCCUACGCUCACCUAUUUCCAAGUGAGGGGAUAGAAAUGAUACCUGAGUUCACCAACUGCACAUAUAACCUAAGUGCAUGAUUACCCAUUUUUAUAGUCAAGGUUAUAUCCCUUACCAGAUUAAUAUUGAUAAUGAUAUUCAUAUUUCAUUUUGGGGGGAAACGCUCCCACCAUAAUUUAGCUAUUUUCAGAUUGGGGGGGAUUCCCCCCUAUCAUGCAUCCACCCACCCCCCGGAAAAUACCCCUGGUAUUGCUGUUCACGAUUCUUCAAUUUCUGUAGCUGCUUGGUUAUAAUCAGGGAAGUGGUUUGCCACUCUUCUGAUUUGUAAAGAAUCCAAGUUCUCCUGACAGCAUUGAAUCUAAAUCUAUUUUAGAAAGUAGUCAAAAUUCGAGAAAUCAAUCCACACAUUGUUUGCAGUCUUUGUGCGGGAUAUUUUAUUGAUGCAACAACAAUUACAGAAUGUCUCCAUACAUGUAAGUGGAUGGUGCAGUACCCAAUUAUGUACCUACAAAUUAUUUUGCCAUUGUAUCAGAUAGGGCUUGCAAAUUAAAUUACCUUUAAUUUAAUUCUGAUGUUUUGGAACAACCAGAAAUUUCUGCUGUCACCCAUCGAUCUGUAAUUUCCAAGAGCCCUAGCUCUCUUGGGGUGGGUAUGCAUGUCGCCCAUUAUAUUUUCAAAACUAGUAAUGUUGCAAUUUUGAAAGGUUUCUGUGGAACUUAUUGGUAUUGUUUUCUGUCUUCGUCAUGUCACUGUCAUAAUUUGAUAUCAGAUCUGAUUGGUUUAUUUUAUCAUGUGGUGCCUUUUAUAUAUUAUUCACUAUUAAUAGUAUGAAAGCAUGUGUGUUUUCCCAACCCAAGAAACUUCCAGAUGAUCGAGAGUAGUCUUUGCUCAAAACAUUGAAGUUCACCCAGCCCCUCCCCUCCCUAUAGUGCACAACAAGUUGUUAAUGCUGAUAGUUUUUUUGUCUUAGUUUGUAGAAGAUGUAUUGUAAAGUAUCUUCAACUCAGCAAAUAUUGCCCCACAUGUAACUUGAAAAUUCAUGAAACUCAACCUUUGCUAAAUGUCAGGUAAUAUUAUUAUAAUAAUUGCAGUAGAACCUCUGCUAAUGGACAAUUGUCAUCCCCGUAGAAUGGACUACAAACUAUCAACAUGAAAGCACCUCUUCAAAUUAAUAUCUGUAUAAUUAUGUAAAUUGGAAACAUGUACUGGAAAAGCCAGCAAACACUUUGCACAAACACUGAUCACUUGUCAACCUACUGUCACUAAAGUUCUAGACAUCUCAAACCUCCAGACAACAAGCUUUAAUCCCAAAGACUUCAUCAUAUUAACCUUUCACUGUAUUAUAAACUGGACAAGUCUACAAACUUGACCAUGCAGCUAUACUGAUUCAUAUCAUAUAUGAUGUAUAUUGAAACCUAAUGUGUGGCAAAUUCCAGAUGGAAGGCCUUAUUGCUUGAGACAUAAAGUUUGCUAUUGAUUGCUUCUUUUAUGACUAGUUAAUAUGAAAAUCUUAUUGAUUAUUUAGUUUGGAUAGAACAAUGCAGGAUAUUGUUUUCAAAGUUGUUCCUAACUUGUUUGAAGGUAUGAACAGUCAGUCAACAAAAGGUUAUCUGAAAUUAAUGAUUUUAUUAAUAAGUACCAUUAGAUAUUAAAAACACAUGGGGUGUUUGUCCAAACCAGAGUCUCAACACCAAUAAACAGUCUAAUAAGCAGACAAGUUUAGAAGCUUGAUAAUGCAAAAUCACUGUCAAGAAUACUCAGAAUGCUACCUACACUGGAACUAUACAUCUCUUCUUUGACAGAUGAAGAAGCAAAGGAACAUGCCUUUUAUGAAGAAAGAGGAAUGCCUGUGCCUAAGAAAGAAACGGAAGGUACAGCUGUGUUAAAUAAUUGUAGAAACGAUGUUUGAACAACUAAAACAAAGAGACCAUUCGGUAUAGCUCUAUUCUAAAUUGCUCACGUUACCUAGGCUGGCCAGCCUUUCUUUAAUGGUCCAUUGUCCCUUUCUUUAAUGGUCCAUUUCUGUAACAAAUGGUUUACACUAUUAAAGUUUCUGAGAUCACAGUGGGAAUUUUGCAUCGGCAUAAUUCCAUAAAUUCUAAGUUGAAGGAUUUGUAAGAAAUGCUUGAGGGAACCGAGUGUUUAACAUUAAGUCAGUCUUACAAAUCCUUCAAAACUCUGAUAGUGCAACCAGGCUUAACACUUCUAAACUGUUCUCCCUAGAGGUCCAGUAAUCGUCCUACUUUAUAUGUCUAGUACAGGAAGAAACCUAAACUAACUAAACUUAGUUCUGAACUGUUCUCUUAUUCUUGAUCCAGUGUUACUAUGGGAAGAAACACGGGUAGCCUGAAAAACCUUGUUCUGGAAGCACUCUAAUUGUAAUAUUCCAAAAACUAUAAUCAUGCAGACAACUGCAUAUUACAGGAAGUUGCUAUAAUAGAAGAAAAGUUUGCUCUCGUUAAAAAGGUCAUUAUAUUUUGUUCUCACAGAAUGUGAUAGUGAUGAUGGCAGCCAUUCACCAAUCAGAAAUGACGUCACAGAAUACAUGAAUAGUUUUCGAGAUGAUGAAUUGAUCUCCAUUUGUUUAAAACCGUACGGGUGUGUUUUGCAGCUUAAAAUUUAUCUUUGUGCAAUUUCAUGAGGUGGAACAACAUGCAAAGUCUUGUGAUAAAAUCUUCAGUGUGGGAUGUUGGUAGCGAUCUGAGUAAUAAUUUUGAGGGAUUCAAAGUCAUUAAUUUCACUCGAAACGUUGUUAAGCCCAGGCCCCAGAUUAUGCGUGCGAUUUUUUCUCUCCCCCUGGCAACGCAGUUGUAACUUGAUACCUUUGGCAAUCGUCGCCGAAAGUUGAAAUGAUUUGCAGGGUGUCCACGGGCCUUGAAAAUCCUGGAAAGUCCUUGAAUUGGAAAAAAAAAUUCCAGGACUGGAAAGUCCUUGAAAAUUAGUAGAAGUCCUUGAAAAUCCUGGAAUUAAUUUCCUUAACCUCCAGCUGUGCCAACAUUAGUGAUUUUGAUUAAAAUUACUGAAUAAAGUGAAUCAAAGAGAGGCAAAUCCGUGCCAUUUUCAAAGAUUUUUCCCAGUUCUAGGUCCUUGAAUUUGCUGAAAAAGGGCCUUGGAAGUCCUGGAGAAGUCCUUGAAUUUCACCUUCACCAAAGGGUGGACACGCUGGACAGGGUUCGUAGCGGUCUUUGAAAUCUUUGAAAGUCUUUAAAUUUGAAUACAAGUCUUUAAGGUCUUCGAAACUAGUCUUUGAAUUGUGUGAAAAAGCGAAGAAAGUCUUUAAAAGUCUUUAAAUUCUUUAGUGAGUAUUUGAUUAUACGAUUUCCUAGCUAAUAAAAUAGAUUGAUUGAAGCGAGAUUUUCGCAAAUAUCGACGAAAAGGCGCAUUUUAGAAUGUGAUUUGACGGGACUAAUUACUGGGUAAAAAUGGUGCUUAUACACUCGCAAUUUUUCGACAGCUGUUUGCUCUCAAAGGUCUUUGAAAAGUCUUUCAAAAUAGGCAGAAAAAAUCAUUGAAAGUCUUUGAAUUUUUUUGGUCUUGGAGACUACGAACCCUGCGCUGGAUUUAACUUUCGGCAACGAUUGCCGAAAAUAUCAAAUUACAACUGAUUAUAUUUAGUCAGCCAGCCAAUGAAAAUCGCCUUACUUGACAAGUGGACUGGCUAGAGAAAAAUAUAUUUGGGGCGGGAAAUCCAGUGCCGUGGACAGUGGACUAGUGAAAGAUAUAUCUCCAUCUUUACACACUACUUUUGAUACAGUGCAACAUCAGUUAAUUGCUAAAACCUGCUAACAACAAAGAGAAACUGACGUUAGGCGCCAAUUUUACAACAUCAAUGUCAAUGAUAAUUGUAUUUAAAUAGGCAAUUCCAGCUAUAGAUUAAAUUUUGAUCUAGGCAAUGGACCAUUUGCAUUAUAGACUAAAUUUUGAUCUAGACGGAAAUUUCAUCACAGCUUGAAAGAGCAUCACAAAAUUAGUAAUAUUCCAAAGUUUCGUUGCGAAAUGUUGUAAAAUGCGGAUAAUAUAGCCUUGCGAAGUUUUCAGCCCAUUUUGUAUUACGCACGGGAAAUUGACAGCCCAAUCUGGUGUUGGGGCAUCAAUUUCCCGUUUGUAAUACAAAAUGACUGAGGAAAAUGGAGCCUUGCGAAGUUUGCAAUUUUCAGUCAUUUUGCAUUACAAACGGGAAAUUGCAGCCCAACACCCGAAUCGGAUGUUAAUUUCCCGUUUGUAAUACAAAAUGACUGAAAAACGGCAAACUUCGCAAGGCUAUAUUAUCCGCAUUUUACAACAUUUCGCAACGAAACUUUGGAAUAUUACUAAUUUUGUGAUGCUCUUUCAAGCUGUGAUCAAAAUCCCACCACAGCUAUCAAAAUUUAGUCUAUAGCUGGGCUGCAAUCAUCCAUUGACAAAAUGUAACUAUUAUUUUGUAUUUCUCAACCGCCAGAUACAUUUGUAACGGUUGCUAACUGUGUAAACUACAAAAUUUUAGGUUUUGAACACUUUUUAUCGCAAAUACGUGACAUUGAAAAAAAUUGCCUCUUAAUCUAUCAUUGUUGGAAUCACUCUCUGUGUAAUAAUAAUUUCAGUGUCAUUUUAUUUUUAGAUCAUCCGAAACCUACGAAAAACCAGUAAGCUGAUCGUUCUUUAAUGCUGUAGUUUUUUAGUAAAUUUCAGUUGCUUUUGAAAAAUCCUCUAGAAAUUGUUACCUUCUCAUAAGGCAUGAUGGCCUGUUGAGGAGACUCAGGGUUGCUGGGUCCAAGAUUGAGGAGGCUGAAGCAAUCGAGUCAACGGGGAUUGGAAACGAGUGAUUAUAAACGAAAAUUAUCUUUAUUCACCUGUAGGCAUUAUCUCGGCAAUACUUACGUUGUUCACACCGAGUGGUGAUCUUACAUCUCGCAAAACUUCUUCGAAAGAAAAUGAAUUUAUCUCCAGAUAAACAGGUAUAAAACGUAAGAAACAGAAGCUACAUCUUUACGAUGGCAUUUUUAUUUCUGAUGAGUCACGUAAAACGUUUUAGAAUGUCCAUCAAAAAUGUUUUUGUGUUUACGAGAAUUGUUUCGUUGCCGCGCCCGAUUUAUGUAUAAAUUUAAAAGUGUUAUUGAUUUUUGUUUGAAUCAAAAUAAAUAUAUAUUUUGAGAAGUAAACUAUCUAUUCAAUAGGUCAUAUAAUAUUGUUUGUUUGUUUGUUUGUUUGUUUGUUUGUUUGUUUGUUUGUUUGUUUGUUUGUUUGUUUGUUUGUUUGUUUGUUUGUUUGUUUGUUUGUUUGUUUGUUUGUUUGUUUGUUUGUUUGUUUGUUUGUUUGUUUGUUUGUUUUCUGUCUGUAUGUCUAUCCUUAACUGUCUGUGUUGCUUGUCUUAAUUAUUAAAUACGAAUUAUUUACUGAUGGCAUAUGACAUAAGAUGUUUUUCAACUUCUGCAGCUUGAGUUUCUCUGUGAAAAUGAGCUGGUCAACCCCGCUAUUUCAAUGAAACAGCUCUACAUGACACACUGGGGAGGAAAGGUAUUGUAUUAACCACUACUAUUCAAGAAAACACCAUGGAUUUAUUGGUUUGACAAAAUUCAUGAGAGGAGAAAUAAAGUAAACAGAUUCGCGUUUAGAGCAAAUCCUUCCGUCAGUGGACAUGUCAAAAAUUCAUGUUGCUGUUUCAGAUAAUUUUUUUUUUAUAUCCACAAACCAAGUUCCCAGAGGAAGAGCCUGUAGCCAAUGGAGUAGCCUGAGCACAGACCUUCGUUUUGCUACCCUAAAAUUGAGAGUGGGAUGCUUGUUGAUACGUAAUCAUAGCUGACCAAAUGUCUAUUUUCAGUAGAAAAUUGCCUGCGAACCGAGGUUGUGUGGAUCUGCAACUCUACAUUAACGAUUUUAUUUUCUCUAUAGGAGUUACCAAUGUGUCUUCAUUAUCGAAUAUAUUCUUCCAAAUCGUUUGAAGAAAUCAUUCCUGCUGAAGAAAAUCUUUCUAUGACGGAAGAUACUUGGUUGUAAAUAGAGUAAAUGUAAAUAAAAAGUUUGUUAAUACAAUGCUUCGCUGUUUUAU